AUGUCUACAUAUUUGAUAUCCUGUCAUCAGUCUGCUUGGCACAAGGUGCCAGGUGGAGCUCAUCCGCCUCCGGUUGAUUUGCCUCUUACUUUAACUCGAGAUGGUUUCACCUGCCUCGCCACUCCUCGCUCAUCGAAGGCUGGUCGGGCGGAGAUCGCCUCGGCAUCGUCCCGGUAUCUAACUCCUCUAGAGGCUGCUGGCCAUUCGUCCAAAAAGCCUAACGCGGGCUUCUAUCAAAGCAAUUUCUGGCAAGCAAAGCCCCGUGCGCCAAGAAUUGUUGUCCGCGUCGCGGGUUGGCGGGCGUGCUAUCCAAUCGCAGUGGAUAGACUUGGUAUUUUCUUCCGUCUGUUACGUCGUGAUUCAUGCAAGGUGAGAAUACUAAUUGACUUUAUUUAA